AUGAACAAGCUGUUUGGGGGCCUGGGCAUCGGGCACUCCUGCUCCGUGCAGCUGGAGUUCCGGCGAUCGGGGGGGGGUGGAGUCCCAACCGCAGCGGUGAAGAGCACGCGCUCGGCCUCCAGGAGAGAUGAGACGGAGGAUCUGCCCGUCUACCGGUCCAAGGACACCGUGGAGGGGGAGGUCAAGAUCACUCCAAUCCCCGGCAAGCGGGUGGACCACGCCGGCAUCCGCGUGCAGCUGGUGGGGGAGAUCGAACUGGCCUCGGAGCGAGGCUACCCCCACGAGUUCCUGUCGCUGGUGCGGGACCUGGCCCCCCCCGGCGACCUGCCCUCCCAGCAGGCCUACUCCUUCUCCUUUGACAACGUGGAGAUGCAGCACGACUCCUACCUGGGCCUCAAGGUCCGGCUCAGGUACCUCCUGCGCGUCACCGUCGCCCGGGGCCUGGGCCAGUCCACGGUGAAGGACUUCCCCUUCUGGGUGCGCAACCACUCCCCGGCCCCCCCACGAGGGGAGCCCAUCAAGAUGGAGGUGGGCAUCGAGGACUGCCUGCACAUCGAGUUUGAGUACGACAGCCCCGCUUUCCAUCUGGACGAUGUGGUAAUCGGCCGCAUCUUCUUCCUCCUCGUCCGCGUCAAGAUCAAGCACAUGGAGCUGGAGAUCAAGCGUCGCGAGUCAGUGGGCGCCGGCGCGGCCGCGCGCUCCGAGUCCGACACCGUGGCCAAGUACGAGAUCAUGGACGGCGCGCCCGCGCGCGGCGAGGUCAUCCCCAUCCGCCUCUUUCUCGCACCCUACGACCUUAGCCCCAGCGUGGACAGCGUGCACAACCGCUUCAGUGUCAAGUACUUUCUGAACCUGGUGCUGGUGGACGAGGAGGACCGGCGCUACUUCAAGCAGCAGGAGAUCACGCUGUAUCGCGCGGAGGAGGGGGCGGGGGAUGGCGCGGCAAAGGGUGGCGCCGCACGCCUGCCGCGGGGCCUCGUCGCCGCGCUGCCAGAGGCUCCGCCGCCCAACCCCGUUGCCGCCGCAUAG